AUGUUCUUCGACGGCAUCGGUAUUGAUCUUCACUUCGUCCACGAGGGCAACCUCGCCUCUCCUAGCGAAACCAGCGUCUUUGGCGCCUAUCAGAAUUCGGCUCAAUGCUACAACAAUGACGGCAAACGAAUCGCCGCCGCCUUUUUGCUCCACGAAAGUGGCAGCCUUCUCAACAAGUAUCAGUCACCUUUCACGAACCCUCCCCAGGACGGCCGUGUAAUUCAGAAAGAGCACGUCGUCAUCGAAACCACGCAUUCGAACCCUCAGAUGCACUUCAUCGCACGCAUAUGGCGCUCGCCUACGGUCUUCAGUGGCACAACCGCUCGUGGUACCACGGAACCCGACCAGGUGACCUUGCAGGUACUUCGAAAUGGCGGUCCAGGACACGCCUCAGAAGUUCUGUACCAGCUUCGACCUGUGGAGUUCUGCGCCAACCAGUCUUCCAUCCUGAUCGAGGCUGGUAUUCUCGACGCCCUUCCACCCGGUGAUAUCUCCGUCAGUGUCAACCGCCCGUUUCGCGAGCAGAGGAUCACCGUGGUGUUCAAGCGCCAAAUCAUGUUCAGCACGCUGGCAGGCUUUCCAGGUGUGCUUAUCGACCAACAGGGCACCCUCAACCCGCGCAUUGUCACAGCGGGUACCGAUGAGGAGCGUCUGAUUCAACAGUACAUUCAUACAUACCUGACACGUAGCGACAUUGAGCAAUUCGACGCAACUCGAACUCAAGCGCAGGCUCCAGCCACUUCGACUGAGCUUCCUGCCGCUUCCGCCGCUGAUACCUCGCAACAGACUUCGCCCACCUUGGUCGAGCGAUCGUGCAGCUCCGACAAAGAUCCAUUCCAGACUCUACUGAGCCACUCUCCGGCUGGCAUCGAGACCGACACAUCCACCACCGCCUCUCCCGCUCCCGCAAAAGCAGCUGCGCAAAGGGCUGCUUCCGGCUCGCCCGGUAGCACUACGGGCCAGCGAUCCCCACACAUGGCUUCGCGAGCUUGGUCCGUCAUCACCCGAGCCGCUUCCAGCAUUGCACCUGUUCGGGCUGGCUCGAACAGUACGCCUUGUGUCGCUGCAGAUGAUUCCCCGACAAUGGCUCGGGAGUCUCAGCCUAGUACUCACUCAUCGCCAACGGACAAUUUAUUCUCCCCCGUUCAACAAGCGGACGAAGAGAUGGAACCAACAACGCAGGACAACACGGCGGUGGAUAUGAGAGCAGACGACGAUUGUGCACAGUGUGUAGCUUCUCUGGGCACGCUCAUGGACGAAAUGUGCGGCGUACUUCACGAAGUCGAGAAAGACCUGACUAAAGACCUGACUAAAGACCUGACUGGAUAUCAAUGGGUGAACCAAGAAUUGGCACAAGGGUCGGAGUCCCAGCGCGUGGAUCAGACAACCCAGACGGAAGGACUCUUGCAAGAUUCGCAGAUGGUCCGCGUUAGUGUUGCCGAUGAUUCGACCGCAAAGCUCGUCGGACCACUUGUGCUGCCUUCCGGCUCGGACAUAGGCGCGAUGUCUUCGACCGACGGUGAGGCGAUGCCUUGGGGCGACCCUAACACCACCAGCCAGAGCGGUCCUAUCUCCAUGACGGUCGCAAGCGUCUCGCUCGGUGUCGGGAAACACGUAGAAGACGUGGACAUGGAGGACUCCGAACAGCUCCAGAUCAGCGACGGUGCUGGCCGUAUCAAUGCCAACAACCCAAGCGGUUUUCAAGAUGAGGCUCCUAGCCAGCCCGACGCCGCUCUGAACGAAAGGUUCUCUGGCUCUCUGCCCGCGACUACGCGAGAUGAACAUGCAGCUAUGGUCGCAGGACCGGGUGAGAGCACUCACAAUGACGAGGUGCAGUACGUGUCCAGUAAUUCUACGGCUUCAGCAACUGAUCCGCUUGGCGAGACGAGAAGCACGAAUGGUAAAGUGCCGCGCAUGACGUCCUCGUCCGAAUCCGACGAUCCGUCGGCUCAUCUGCGCUCGACUCCGGCACUCCACCAAGACGAUGGUGCCGCUGUUGCCGGCUCGAUGGCAGUGUCCCUUCGGGCUCGUUCGCGCACGGCAGCUGCAAAUCGGGCAGCCGGCUCGGCCCUUGUCAGCCGAGCUGGAUCUAGUCGGUCCUCUGCUUCCCCUGCACCAUCUAUGCGAUCCGCACGAUCAGAGCGUUCAGCUCUUGCGAUCGGCACCGCACGAUACAAUGCAUCACUCGAAUAUCUCAUGAACUUGGUCUCCAAAGACAAGCUCAAGGACGAUCAGAGGUGUGUUCAGCUCUCCGAGCAACGAGAGCGAGAUACGAGCGUCUACGACGAAGCCAGGAAAAAAUACGAGCAGAGCAUGUCAACCAACGACGCCAACAUGCAUAUUGCGCGUGCCUCGCUGACUCUGAAGCACGACACAAUCCGCCUUCUGCGCAGCCAGUACUCAGCAGAUGUGGGUGAGGCAAGGUUCCGAUCUAAGACCUCCGAGAGUUCGCGUAUCGGAAGCGAGCGACGAGGCCGAAGCACGAGUCGAGUGACGGACAGGGCUCUCAAUGUUUACGGCACGAGCGAACGAAUGAUUAGACAAAUGACGGCGCCCCCCUCGGUAGUACCACCCUCUCUCUUCAAGAGAGAACGAAUUGAUCUGACUCGAGACGACGAGAACGGUGAAGGCACCUCGAGAGCGGCCGGUACUGCUACAGGGAGACCCAAUAGCCGUGCCAAUUCCGUGGCCCGCAACUUUACGGCUAAUUGCAGGACUGGUGGGGCAUUGGCAACUCCGAUCAAGAUCGGCAAUGUCGACGACCUGUUGAAGAACCCUCCAGCGAUCUCCAAGCGCUCGGGAACCGCUUCACGCGAUGUCACUCCAGCAACGAAGCGUCCGCACCUACUUUCCUCGCAAUACAACGACGACGACAGAGUCGCGGAGAUUAGCAGCAAGGCAGUUUCAAAUUGGAUGGCGAACGUCAACCGUUCCCGCGCUGCUAGUCGAGCUGCUACCCCUGCAAUCACUACGACUCGAUCGGGCCUCGCCGCCGAACUCAUGCCGCCUCCGCGCCCACCUCUUCUUGGACGUGGUCAAACGAACACGCCAAUCGUGAUCGGCGAUGACAAUGAAACCACCAUGUCGCGCCGCCGUUCAGUCUCGCGCGCACCCUCGGUCGCCGGCUCAGCAAGUCGACAACGGACAGAGCACUUGAACGCUCCAAUUGCAUUGCAGCUUCCUUGUUCGCCGCGCCUGAGGGAAUCCAGCGUCCCGGCUGCCGGUACCACCCGUAGGCCGACUCAGGUUGACGACGACAGCGAUGACAGUGAGGACGAGGAGCCACUCUUCCUAGGUCAGCAGCGGUCUGCAUCCGUAGCCUCUUCGCGUUUCUCCGAGCUCGUCGGUCCGUAG